CACGCGAGCAUAUCAAUCUUAGGAAUGGCACUGGGCAGGUCCGGCGCGGGUUUCUUGGUACCUAGACCCGCCUCGGAUCCAAGUCGGGUAAUUUAUCACGGGUUAUGGGUCGGGGCAUGUCGACCCAAUGAAUAUGCAAUUUAUAUGAAAAACAUUAGAAAUAUGCGUUCUUUGUAUUACAAGACCAAGGAAACAAACAAUAUUAUGAUAAAUGUAGUUAACGGAUUGAGAAUAGGGUGUUGACGGAUUGAGAAUAGGGUGGGUCAGAGCAGGUCGGAUCGAUGAGAGUACCCAUGCCCGUCCCAAAACAGACCAAACAUGUCAGAUAAAACGGGUCAGGUCGAAAUUGUCAUCCCUAAUAAUCUUUCUUCUUGGCUUCUUGCUAUCUGUAUGACUGUGUCUAUGUUUCUUGUUCUCCUCUCUUCCACAGUUCCACUAAUGCACUAACAGGCCAAAUGAAACCAAGUGAAUCUCUCCUAGACUCCUGCACUUCUAGUAAACCAAGUGGGCCGGACGCCCCAUAUCCGGUCCAUAAAGAAACCGGCUAAUGCGAGUGAGUGGGCUUCUAUAACCCACACAAGAAGUUACUACUCCUAACUCCUAAGAAGCCUCACUUAACCAAACUUCUGAACACAAUCUGGCCACCAUUCACUGCACUUUUACCAUCUCCAACAUAAGAACACAGCCCAAAGGGGGGAAUGCAAAAAUCCGUUAUGUAAGCUGGAACACUUAUCUAUUAUAUAUCGGGGAGUAAAAAGAAGCUAACCUUUCUUCAGUUGCGACAAUGUCAGCAGCUCUGCAAACCUCUGCUGCAUCUUCGACUCUCUUCGGCACCAUAAACUGCACCACCACAGCUUCUCUAAUACCUCCCAAAUCCAUCUCUACCCGAUUCAGAAUCCGAGCUACCCGAGAAAAAGCUGAACUCAAAACCCCACCUCCUCCACCUUCCUCCCCAGAAGAAAUUACACAGAAGUACGGCCUCGAAGCGGGACUGUGGAAUAUAUUCAGCUCCAAGGAUGAGAAAAAAACUGUAGAUGGUGGCGCGCAGGAGAAAUCAAAGGGAGACCAAGCUAAAGAACUGCUUACCAAAUAUGGCGGAGCUUACUUGGCCACAUCGAUAACCCUCUCCAUCAUCUCCUUCUCCCUCUGCUACGCUCUCGUCAACGCCGGCGUCGACGUUCAAGCUCUGCUGCAGAAGGUGGGGAUUUCCACGGAUGCCACGGGAGAGAAAGUUGGGGCCUUUGCCUUGGCUUAUGCUGCACACAAAGCUGCAUCUCCGAUCAGGUUCCCUCCGACAGUGGCGCUUACUCCGAUCGUCGCCGGCUGGAUUGGGAAGAAGGCUGACCAAAAAGAAGCAGAAAAGUAGAACAAAACAUCUGAUGUAACAGUACAUAAUGCUCUGUAUUGAGAUACAAAUUUACAUGAUCCGGAAUCCAGCUGCUCUACAGAUGACGGUAUCUUACAUCUAGUAGCUCUUGCAUCUAUAAAUCUUGACACGAUUAUGAGAUUUAACUAAGCAGACAAUACGACGGGGGAAUAGGAAUACAAGGUGCAGGCUACGGAUCAAGGAAUGUACACAGAGUGGAAAGGAGCCAUCUCCUUAUUAGCUAACUAGACAUGAAUCAAUUCACAGACAUUUU